AUGACAUCCAAGGGCGUGACACUGAAGGGGCUUUUUCCAUUUGUCACAUCCACUCUGGUUGUGUUUGUUAUCCUAAUCCCAGCUCCGUGCAGUGCCAUCAGGGUGAACUGCUCUCAGGCAGAUCAGCCGGUCCUGCUGGAGGCGCUGACUCCAAUCUUAAACCUGAGUGCCAUACGACCCGUCAUGAACAUGACGACCAACACCAACGUCAAAAUCUCCUUCACCCUGUAUGGAAUACUAGGAGUGGAUGAAAAGGCUCAACUCUUGACCACGUACCUGUGGCUCCACUAUUGGUGGAUAAACGAGCUGGUCAGUUGGGAUCCAGUCGAGUGUGGCACCAACAAGAUCGUUCUGCCCAGGGACAAAUUCUGGAUUCCAGAUAUUGUCAUCAAUGAAUUCAUGGAUGAAAACACAGCCCCUACUGUCCCGUAUCUGAACCUCUACAGCAAUGGUUGGACGCAUGAUGCUUAUCCGGCCAAAGUUGUCAGCUCCUGUAACCUCGAUAUCUACAACUUCCCCUUCGACAUACAGAACUGCACUUUGACAUUUAACUCCUACAUCCAUAUUGCGUCAGACAUUACUGUUUUCCUGAACAAAUCUAUGGAUCAGAUCACCGAGGACUCCAAGAAUGUCAUGACCACACUGGGGGAAUGGGAGCUGCUGGAAAUCACCUCCACCAAACAUACCCUAGACUUUACUAAUGGUGUACCUAUUGACGAGCUGGCAUUUCAUAUCAGAGUGAGGCGUCGGGCCACCAUGUACGUGGUGAACCUGCUGAUCCCCAGCUGCUUCCUCAUCACGGUGGACCUCUUCAGCUUCCUGCUGCCUCCUCAGACUGUGGACCGCUCCGCCUUCAAGAUGACCCUCAUCCUGGGCUACACCGUCUUCCUGCUCAUCAUGAACGACCUGCUGCCCACCACAGGAAACACCAUACCUCUCAUAAACGUCUUCUUCUCUCUCUGCCUGGCUCUGAUGGUGGCCAGUCUGCUGGAGACUAUCUUCAUCGCCAACCUACUGUGCGGCUCCGCAAACUUCUCUCCAGUCCCUCACUGGAUCCGAGUGCUCUUCCUGCAAAUGCUGGGCUGUCUUGUUCCCCUGCCACAGAAGGUUAAAGAUUCAGACGUAAAGCGAAGUGCUGUGGUGGCAAAGAGGGAGGAGCCUCGAGUCGAGAGGGGCCCACUGGUGGAGGACAAGGCCGUGCAGGAGCUGAGGAGCCUGGGUAGGGACCUCCAGGCUCUCCGGAUCCAGGUGGAUCAGCAGCUUGGUGGAACAUCGAGCUCCGAGGAGUGGAUCCAGGUGGGUUUUGCCAUAGACCGCCUGCUGUUUGGCUUCUACAUCCUCUUCAUAUCAGUCAGCUUCAUUACCAUCAUUAUUAUCUGGGUGAACUCAUACAAGCACACAAAGAUGCCAACCGAGUGCAGUUCCCUUAUGAUGAACUGCUCUCAACCGGACGCACCCUCCCUGCUGCAGGCUCUCAAACCAGUUUUCAAACUGAGAGCCAUUCGACCCGUCAGGAAUAUAACAACCAUCACCGAUGUCAACAUUUCCUUCAUCCUGUAUGGCAUUUUAGGGGUGGAUGAAAAGGCCCAAAUCUUGACAACUUUAAUCUGGCAAACUGUAAGUUGGACAAACGAGUUCAUCUUGUGGGACCCAGAACAGUGUGGUACUUCAUCGAUCACAGUCCCAAGACAACUACUGUGGGUACCAGAUGUGGUCAUUAAUGAAUUUAUGGAGAAAAACUCAGCUCCAUUCACUCCAUACACCUAUGUGUAUUAUGACGGCUCUAUUAUGGAUCAACUACCUGUCAGAGUGGUCAGCUCCUGCAGACUGAACAUCUACAUGUUCCCGUUCGACGUCCAGAACUGCAGCUUAAGCUUCAACUCCUACGUGUACCUCAAGUCUUCUAUACAGAUUGGCCUCCCAGGGCCUGCAGGGGAAAUAUUUGAAAUGUCGAAAGAAUUUAUGACGACUAUGGGCGAGUGGGAACUGAUUGGAAUCACAGUGGAGAAAUUUGUUUUUGAUGCUGACCAUGAUGACUUUUAUGAGGAGCUUCGUUUCUAUGUGUCCCUGAGGCGUCGGGCCACCCUGUACGUGGUGAACCUGCUGAUCCCCAGCUGCUUCCUCAUCACGGUGGACCUCUUCAGCUUCCUGCUGCCUCCUCAGGCUGUGGACCGCUCCUCCUUCAAGAUGACCCUCAUCCUGGGCUACACCGUCUUCCUGCUCAUCAUGAACGACCUGCUGCCCGUCACAGGAAACACCAUACCUCUCAUGAAUGUGUUCCUGUCUCUGUGCCUGGGUCUGAUGGUGGCCAGUCUGCUGGAGACUAUCCUGAUCACCAACCUGCUGUGCGGCUCCACUCAUUACUCUGCAGUCCCUCACUGGAUCAGAGUCCUUGUUCUCCAUAUCCUGGGCCGACUGGUGCGACUUCCUCCAAAGUCCCGAGAUCUACAAGACGUCACAGUGAUCCAAAACCCUUCAGCACAUGAAAUGAAGGUUUCCUCUGUGGGGGAAAAGGACAGCGAGGCUCCAGAGCAGAAAGGACCUCUGAAUAAGGACCAGGCCCUGGACGAGCUGAGGAGCCUGGGUAAGGAGCUCCAGGGUCUCCGCCUCCAGGUGGAGCAGCAUCUGGGUGGGAGCCAGAGUUCAGAGGAUUGGAUCCAGGUGGGUUUCAUCAUAGACCGCCUGCUGUUCGGCCUGUACGUCCUCUUCAUAUCAGUCAGCUUCAUCACCAUCAUCAUCAUGUGGGCGCGGACGUACGACCCCUGAUUUAGAUGCAGGGUCACAUUAUUUACCCUGUUAAUUGUUUUCAAGGUAGAUAGAGGAAAAUGUAAAGACCAGUUAAACAAUUCUAUUUGAAAUAAUUGAAUGUGACAUGACACCUCACUUGAUCUGUCCUCCCUUCAUUAUUCAUUUUAAUAAUUUAUUUACUUUUUAUUCUUUAAAUGAUCUCUUUCUUCAGAAACAAAUAUCUGAGAGCGCUUGUUAAUCCCCUCAUUUGUUUUUUCUGCACUGUCAGUGAAGCAACACCAGUUCUCUUUGCUUUUCUUUUCCCAUCAGUAGGUCCGUAAGACUGAGACGUUUGUGAAAUCCAUCUUGAUCUGUAACGUGUCAUUUCAGGUUUCUAUCAUUCUUGUUCUCUUGUCCCACUCGUUCUCUUCCAGCUGAUGAACCAUGUUUGUAUAAUUUCAGGUUCCAUUUAUUCUUUUCUCUUUUGUUUGUAAAGUUGUUGCUACUUCCACACACUCUCUGAUAAAGAAAUUAUAAUAUAAGCCACUUUCAGACAGGCAUUGAACCCUGGACAAGUCCGGAGAAGUGAGCGGGUAUGUUGAUGAUUUUCAUCACAAGAUGGUUGUAAAAUACAAAAGAACACAAAUAUCUCAGGUUAAAAAAGAGGAGCCAUACAUCUUCAUAUGUGAAAGAUAAACUUCGCACCGAAUUUUCCGGCCAUUGUCCAAAGUUCAUGUCUGAAAAAGCAACGAAGGCUUCAUUGAUCGAUGAUUUCAAUAUUCAUGAAGCGUAUAGACACACCAGAAGAUAUAAAUUGUUUAAGUUCUUCCCCUUUAUUCAUUGUUAUU